GCUGCGGCCCCGCGGGGUCCCGGCGCUGGUGCGCGGCCAUGGGCGGCUCCCGUGCAGUGCCGCCGCUGCCUCUGCUGUCGCUGCCUGUGCCUCUGCUGUCGCUGCCUCUGCUGCUGCUGCUGCUGUCUCUGCUGCUGCUGCCGCUGCUGCUGCUGCCGCCGCUGCCGCCGCCCGCCCUCGGCCCCGCAGGCGCGUCCUGGCGCUCCGGCGGCAGCAGGUCUGUGAGUCAAAUGUGUGUGGAAAAGUCACUCAUUUUCGGAAGUAACAUCCCUUAUUCUACAAACAUUGUUUCUGAUCCUGGUGGACAUGAUCUGCUGUUCUGUGUGCAGUUGGAUGACCCAAAGCUGAACUAUUUUCAACAGCCACAGGAUAUCGAAGAAUCUAAUUUUGUGGAGUUCUUAGAGAAGUAUAGCAGGCACUCUUUCUUAGCCCCAUCACAAGUUCAGCCAUCGUUCUCUGCUUUUUACCGUGCUGGUGAUCCAAUCCUAAUCUACUUUGAUUCUUCAUCCGUAUUGAGCAUGCUUAGACAGCCAGUGAAAAUGGGACCCAGUGGACUUUGUGUUGAUGGAAAUCCUGCUGGCUUCCUGGACAGUAAAAGCACAAGCUGUACUCGGAUUUUUGCCCACUUGAGCAAGAGCUGUGUGACUGACCCUGCCCUAGAUGCUGCUUCCUACUACCGUGACUUCACUGUGCUAAAGGUCCCAAUUAAUGACACCAUUAUGCAGUCCAUGAAGGUAAAUGUCACUGCAGUCUCACCACCUGGAGCUCCCUACAUGAAGGACAACACAUGCAUCAAUGUUGUUUCUGAGGUGAUCUAUGAUAUAGAAUAUAGUGGCACAAGUGGAAUUCAGAGUGUUUCUGUCCAGUUCAAAGUGAGCAACAUCUCUGGGAACUCCAGAUCCUCUCUGCAGCAGCGCUUCACCAUGCACUUCUGGACCAGGACUCUUUCUCAUAUGUUGCCUAGAAGUGGAAACCCUGGCUAUAUCACGGGAGCACCACUGUUGAUUGCCAACAGUGGUGUCAUGCAACACAUGAGCAUAUUAAGGAGUGAAAGUGAUGGAAGCUGUUCGCAGUUCCUCAGACACACAGUACAAUUUGGAAGGAAUAUGAGAACAGGCUGCAAAAUCAGCCUAUCCCCAGUACUGGAAGACAGUAACUGUAGUUACAUGCAGCAAAAGUUAUACAAGGCUUUUCAAGGGAUGAACAGAACAGGAGACUUUGCUGUAACUGGCAGUGCUCAUUCAACCCAGGCGGAAGAGUGGAUGACCAUUCUGAUUCAGAACUGCAGUGUGCAGGCUGUGAAUUGCACUUCCUGUUGUAUGGUUCCUGUGACCCUGGAGAUACAGAUAUUGUGGACUAGAGUGGGCCUCCUGUCCAACCCACAAGCUCAAAUACUGGGUGCACGGCAUUUCUACCAGUGUCACCCCCUCAAGUUUCUAAACAUGAGCAUGGUACCUGUGUCAACUGUUGUUACCUUCACUGACAUGACAGAUUGGCCAGAACCUCCACGAGACCAGCCCCAAAUGCACUGGAAACUCCCAUUUGACAUCUUUUUCCCGUUCAAGGUGGCCCUGAAUGUAGAAAGAAGUUACAGAGAUGAUGGAAAGAUCUGCCCCAUCUGAUGCCGAGUACUCCAGUGGAAUCAAUAAGGGCCAAAAAUAUCAGAGCCUACUUUUAACAAAAUGCAUUUGUUGCUUUUGUACCUAUAUUGCCCAUAGCAAUUCUGUUGCUCCUGCUUAUUACAAACUUAAAAAAGAGUGCAAAAAUAAACUGAGAAACUUAUAAUUAGUCAGGAUAUUAAUGCAAUUAAUGCAAAACCAGCACAAGGAGAUAUCAUGAAUAAAACAAAACUACAGCACAUCUAAAAGCUUCAAGGUUAAUGUCAUGUAUUUGUGAUUGUUUGCAUGAUUUAUUAGCUGGGAAUGAAUUCCAUGCAAGUGUCUGCAGUGUCCAUUGAUUCCUAUUCUGGGGCAGAGCAACCAAGCUGGUGUGAACAUUCAGAACUGUGUGCAUUUCAGUAUUACACAAAUGGUACUCUUAUACAGUAGAGCAGCAACCUUUGAUUUUUAGAUAGAUAUGGCUUCUUGCAUGUGCUUGUAAUACCUUUGAAAAGCUUUUCUCUGAACAUAUUAGUAGUGUGUCCCACGUGCUCUCAUGUCCCUAAUUUGUGGAAUCCGGGAAAUUAAUUUAGAGGUGACAGUAACUGAAUUACAAUGGGUUAGCUGGAGAAACUUCCCAAAUGUCACAUGUCAGUGCUAGAUGUGUUGAGGUAGGGCUUGAAUGAAAAGGAUCUGGCAUCCUUGUUUUCUAUGUUAUACAGGUAAUUCACUUAGGUGUAACCACAGAGGUACUGUUUACUCUUUGGGCUGCAAAUACUUGAAGAUGCUGUAAGAAUGUAUCACCUUAAGUUGUAAUUAUCUACCCUGAUUAUCUAACCUGCAACAUGUCUUAUUUUCUAGCUCAUGUUUGGCUACUUUCACAUUUUGUCAUAGCAAGAAAUAAAGCUGGAAAGAAAA